UACUGUAAAUAAGAGACGGUAGCUCAUGAAAUCAGGGCAUUAAGAGGACGAGCUGGAAAAUAUGUUCAGGGUUCCGCCCAGAAACUUCAGCGGCCGCAUCACUGUCUGUUGUAUAAACAAAGACGAGCUGCAGGAUGCGCCUCCUCUCCUUGGCUCACAUGCUGUGAUGUCCGUUCUGACCGCGCACGGCGUGUACGGUAGCAUGUGUGCGUCGGGGGAGCUGACAAAGGUUUUGGAUGGGUGUUUCUCUUUAAUUCUGCAGUAUCUCUCUCGCUGUACGCGGGCCUGCUGUUGUUGAGGAGGGCGGGCCGUGAACACGAUGAGCAGAUUUCGGACAGUAAACUAACUGCUACGUCUGAGUGACCGGAGUAGCAGCUCGUCUAACUUAGUUUUGCAUUGACUGCAUUUGCCAAUGGCAUGCAGAGCUUCGGGUUAAACAUAGGCCCGGUCUACUGUCUGACAGCUGACCUCGGAUAAACUCUGGUCUCUCGGCGGACUCUGGACAAAUCCUGCAGAGGCGAUUUUUGCGCAGCACGAAAAUUCGACCGCAACGCGAAGGGGGAUGAUCUCCCAGUCAAGUGAUACGACAGGCCACUAAGCAGACCUCCGAUCAUUUAGUGGCCCCCAGCCACUGCGCCCCUGUGUAGCGGUGCAAAAUGAUGUCACUGAUAGAUCUGGAUGAUGAUCAGCGAUGGGUACCCACUCACGUCAAUGUCACCGUGCUUCGCGCCAGAGGGCUGCGAACCAAGGGCAAGCACGGAAGCCGCUACCUCUACACCAUCAUCCAGGUGGGGAAGGAGAAGUACACCACUGGGCUGGUGGAGAAGGCGGAGGUGCCUGCUUGGAACGAGGAGUGCUGCUUCGAGCUGCUCCCCGGGAUCCUGGAGGACGGCGCACGAUGCGCCUACCCCCCGGGGAGCGGGGACCUGGUCCUCACGGUCAUGCACCGGGUGCUUAUCGGAUUGGACGUGUUUCUCGGCCAAACCAUCAUUCCUCUUGAUAAAAUAUUUCAAGACGGAGUGUGUCCAAGAGAGGAAUGGUUCAAGCUCAACUCCAAGGCUGGAAGAAAGGAGAAGGAACGUGGCGAGCUCCAGGUGACAGUCCAGUUCACCCGCAAUAACAUGACGGCCAGUAUGUUCGACCUCACCGUGAAGGACAAACCUCGCUCUGCUUUUGGGAAACUCAAGGAUCGCGUCACAGGGAGGAAGAGGGGAGAUGUGGAGUCUUCCUCGGCCAUUGUCCCAGGCCGCUACGCCGCCCUGUCAGGAUCCCUGGGGCAGCCAUUUGGAGGGGAGGGUGUAGGGGUGGUGGAGUCACGAGAUGUGGAGAUAGCAGAGGAGAAGAGGAGCAAGAUGAAAGAUUUCUUCAAAGGAAAGCUGCGCAAGUCGUCUGACACCAGGUCCUGCUCAUCUCUGGCCUCAGAGAGCAGUCUGUCUUCCAUGGCCAGCGAUAACCCUCCACCCAGUUUGGAUCUACUGUCAGACCCUCCCAGUUCCCCCAUCUACACUAGCAAAGUGAGAGUGGACACCCCCUACGGAGCAACAGACAUAGCUAAAAAAGUGCUCACCAGCCAGCACACCACAAAGGUUCUCACACACAAGCGAGCCUUCAGCGAUGAAGCUAGCAAGAUCACAACAGGCUUCCCUCGAACAAACCUCGCAGUAGAUUCUCUCAAGGGUCAGACAAUGAUCCAAUCCAAGUCUUCAUUAUGUAUAAAUGGAAGCCAUGUCUAUGACUCUGAGCCAUCAACUCCAAAGAGUUCAGGAGCCCUCCCAUCCAAGAUGGUCCUGCUGGAGAAGUGCUCACCACUCUCCCGUUCCCUGCAGAACCUCACCAGGAGAAGUGAGGACAAAGGCUCUUUUGCUGAUGGCCAACGCUGGUCCUUUGACAAGAUGAAGAAAGAGGAAAAGGAGGAAGAAAAAGAAGCUCAGGCGUCACCUCCUCCAAUUCGGCAAGCUCAGACAGCGGGUCAUCCCGUGCAGGCAGAGUUGCCAGUCGUCUCAUCCACCGGUGAUUCACCCGAAAAAGGGAGGAAGCUAAGAAAGACAUUGUUCUCUGGAGGGAGGAGUGAUUCUCUGCCCGCUAAGUCAGACCUGAACAAGGCCGCUUCAACAUCAGAGGGGAGGCUCAGAGGCUGGUUUGGCUCUGGUGAAUCCCAGAACAAGCCAAGGCUGGAAGUUUCUCCUAAGGUAGAAAGCAGCUCAGAUGUAGCUCCUCCCUUCCCUCCUCACUCCCCUGUACCCGCUCAGUGCUCCUCUCCCUCUGGUCAUGUCUCACCUGAUGACUGCAAUCAGACCAAUCCUUUCACCCCUUCUUCUUCUCCCUCGUCAACCCCUAUGUCUCCCUCCAACCCUUUCCUCCCACAUGUGCAGCGCAACCCUUUCUUUGAGGAACUCAUAGCCGAAGAGUCGCAGAGGUCCCCUCCUUUUGUGCCUUGUUCCUCUUCUGGCUCAUCCCCCUUUCACUACACCACUCUGCCCUCCCCCCAGCCAUGCACGCCUAGCCCAGCUCAUGAUAUUAAUGCUGUAAAUAUGGCUUCCAUAAAGCGGGAGCGCCCCAGGCCUGUAGCUAGGCAGAUAUCUCUCCCUGCAUUUUUACCCAAAGUAGCAGCCACACUUAACUCCCCUGACCACUCGGCCCCUCGCACCAUGUCAGAGAGUGCAGGAGAAUGGGAUGACCCCUUCAAUGCCUUUGCCUCUAGCAGGCUCAGAUCACCUAACGGUAGUCUUCAUCUGAAAGAGCUGAGAACCAGUCCAACUUCAUCCCAUACUAAUCCCAGUAAUCACACACAAGAUCUGCAAACACGUAAAGAGGAACCCCCGCCUUUGCCUCCACGGAGACUUUUAAGAACCUCAGUUAAUGAGAUUUACUCUGAUGGCUGGCUGCACAGAGGUCAGGAGCUUGCUGUCCAUAAAGAAGCCUACUUCCUCUCACAGACCGGUGUGGCUUCACUACAGCGUGGAAGAGAAGGGGAAUGUAAAAGAAACGGUGUAUCUCCAGACCCUCACACGAGCAACGAGACCUCUGAUUCCCUCGGCAUCCGCUCCCAACUGUACACAAACAUUACAUCACCAGGAUUUAUGUCUGAAGAAAAGCUCAGGAAGUUCAAAUAUGAACCUCUGGAAUACGAGAGAGACUGCUGGGGAGGGAUGUUGUUUGAGCAAGACUUGUAUGGACGUGUAUGCGGAGGAAACUAUGGACAACCCAAAGUCAUAAAUCCUUGUUUAACAUUAAACACUGAGGAAACUGGUGGAAAUAAGGUCACAUUUAAGAACUCAGAACCUAAAAUACUUCUUGAUAGUGUUACAGACCUUUUGAACAUGUCAAACACUACUUCACCUAACCCAGAAGUAAAGGUACCAGAUACAACGAGCACUCCGACAGAGACAGGAGAAGAGCUUAAUCCACCUGAACCCACAUGCAUCAACAGCAACAUGUCUUUCCCACUAACUUUAGGGGAUCUGAACAUGAAUGUGAACAACUCAGACUUUGGUUUUAUUGAUUCUGAUGGCUCCUCUCAAUCAGAGGUAACUGACACUCUCAAAGGCAUCAACAGUUUAAGUGGGACUUCUCUGCAAUCGCCAGAAGAUUCACCAACAGCUGUUUACCACAAGGAAACCACACAGGAUAUCUUCACUUUAAAGGACACCUACAUACCUGAGAUGAACUCGUCAUUUGAAAUAACCUCGAAUAAACUCUGUAAAGUUUCCCCAGUUUGCCAAGAUAGUCGCCAAGAUUGUCGGUGGGAGCUGAAUAACAUGGAAACACAUGGCCACUCCAGCGUCAACAGCAGAGAGAUUGCUGCUUUGUUGUCACUAAAUGAAACAAAUUCAACCAAUCUUGAAACUGAAUCCAGAGUUGAUAAAACAAGAGGUGAUGAUGAUUUUAGAGGGACUCAAAAAGACACUGAUGAUAAUGGCAACCCACCAGCUACAGUAAGCACAGUUUCCCACACAGGAUCAUUUCCUGGUGUGGUUAGUGCACGUUUUAGACCAAAAGGAGUGUCCCGACAGAACAGCAGAGGCAGCCCAAACAGCCAAAACGAAAGCGGAGACAAAGAGUUUGAACAGCUGUUGUCUCUCAUUCCAAAUAUUUUAAAAGACACUGAUGGACUAUUGUCAUAUCAUCCCACUAAAUCAGCUCUUUCUUCUGUACAGGCAUUAGAUAAAGAGGCAGAUUUUGCUUUGCAAGUUGAUCGUACCAAAAUCAACCAAACACAUCACAGUGAGUUGAACACAAUCUCACAAGUUUGUUCAAAAGACGAUACAGGACUUCCUUCAGAAAACUGUGUAAGAGGAAAACCCUCUGAAAUCAGUUUUGAAGACCUGCAUGCAAAAGUAGCACCAAACACGAGAACCCCGUCCAAAAUAAAGACAGGGCAAUCUUUGCAAGAUCCUGAACCAUCAUAUCCCUCUGUCCCUUCUGCACUCUCCCUGUCAGCUGAUGCACGGGUCAGCCUCCACCCUACCCUCCUCUGUUGCCCCUUCAUACAUCCCUCAAGUGCUGGAGCCAGCACCACUCUGGCUGUGGCCCCCUACACCUCCUCCUACUCUACCACCUCCACCACUGACCAGCCCCUGGUCGAUGCACAGCACUCACUUUUGACUGAAGAGAAACAGCCAGCUAGCAAUCUGCCCCGUCAGGAGAGCAGACCUCAUCCAGUGAAGCCAUUAACCCCCAGCCAAUCAGAGAAGAAGGAGGGUCGUUCGGUCCUGGAGAAGCUCAAGUCAACUAUCCACCCUGGGCGCACUGCCCACCAGGUCACAGCUGAGAAAAGUCAGGAGGUGACAGUGGACAACUCGGCCCAGUACAAGCACCUGACCAACAUGGAGCUGAUCGCCCUGCUGCUGCAGCAGGAGAUGGACAUGCAGAAGCAGCAGGCAGCCUCCGAGCGGCAGGAGGCGCAGCUGCAGAAAUGUGAGGCAGAGCUGAAAAAGGUCAAGUUGCAAGUUCGAGACCUGGAGGACUACAUUGAUAAUCUUUUACUGCGGAUCAUGGAGCAGACACCCACGCUGCUUCAAGUGCGAUCCAGGCACAAGUGACGACAGUACUAGAGUACUAGGUUAUUAAGACUGGGCUCUAGAGUCAGUUACAGACAAUGCACCACAAAAUCAGAUCUCAUAAUCAUCCAGGUCUUCUCACUGCUACAAUACUGCCCUGUUGAUGUAGACACCAUAUUACCCAACAUGCAUGCUGGUUAGUUUACUAUGGCACAACCCAAAAAAUUUGGUAUGUGAAAAGCUUCAGUCAAAGUAGAAGUCAAUGAUUGUUUUGCCGGUGCUUUUACUAGAUUAAUUUAAGGUAGUCGGCUGACGUAAGUUUAACCUUUAAACCCACUGCUUUCACAUAACAUAGAAUACAGGCUAGAGAAGACACGGUGGAAGUGCAUUCAAUGUGCUCUGCAGGGACUGAAGUAGAUCCUCGGGCAAAAUAUGACGUUAGCUCAAGUAAUCUUAAAAAUGCAGCUAUAAAACUGCAAAAACAACAUUUUGUCUCAAGAUUUUCCUCUUGACUAGUUUAAUGAAAUGAUGAAUUCACAACGGUUAACUUGAGUUAAUUACAUAUUUUCAAAUAGAAUUUCAGAAACACCACCUUAUGCAGUAAUACAUUAUAAAAUGCUGCUCUGCAGUGUGAAUACUAUAAAAAGAGAUGUUUCUGCAUUAACAUUGCUGUAUAAUAAGCAAAGAACAGUAUUGAUGUUUGUACCAGAAAAGACUAAAGAGGAUCAAGACUUAUUGUUUGUAUUCAGUUUCAGUUUUUUUUUCUUUUUUGUUUACAAAAUACUGUGUUCCUUAAAUUCUUAUUCCUUGUUACAUUAUAAAUAAUGAGAAUGUUUUGUUUCUGUCCAUUUUGCAAUUUAAAAAAGCAACAUAGAAUAUAAAAAUAAUAAUGCAUCAAUGCAGUAAAUAAGAGUAUAAUAAGUUAUUUCUAGGUACUUUUGUCAUGAUAAAACAUUCUCUAAUACCACUCUGGUACCACUGUAGCAACUUGCAAUGCUUUACAUGACCGCAGUACUGUAAUAAAAAUAAAGUCCAGAGUUAUCAAAGUUUGACUUCUCAUUGGUCAGACCUUAGACUGCAGAGACUAAUCCAUGGCAUCCUGCAUACUGUCUUCAUAUGCUGUGUAAGGCGUGUCAUGGCAAUGCUUAUUUCGCUCCACUAGAGAGCACCCCUAACUUGAGCUGGGUGGAAACCUGCUGUUUCAGCAAGGACCUAGAAAUACUGUGAAAAUGCAGUAUAGUUUCACAGAACAUGUACACACCUAUCUGAUUUACUAAAGCUAAGUUGAGUCUGUUACUGCUGAUGGCAUGCUGUCCUUGCACUGCUGGUGACUGUUGUCUCUUUUUAGUACUGACUUCAGACUGUUACUGGAUUACAUUUGUUUCUGCUGCAUAGAUGUCAUUUUGUCUGUAGACUCAGGAGAUUUGGCACAUUUUCUGUUUAGACUGAGCAGAAAAGGGUGUUUACAUUUUUCUGUCCCAUUAGGGAUAAAAAAGUGAGAAUGAAGUCUCCAGUUGUAGAAGUAUUCCGGUUUGAUACCCCUA